GCAGGACGAGCCCAUACCCUCAUUUUGACUGAGGAUGGUAUUGUCUGGAGCCUUGGAAACAAUGGUUAUGGUCAGUGUUGCCGUCCCAUCAUAAAAGACGAAGACUAUCUCAAGUCAAGCACAAUCCAUCUUAUUCAUGGUCCAUGGGACAGUGAUGACCCCAUCACAAAUGUCACCUGUGGCCAGGAUACCAGCUUUUUCCUCAGCAAGAAGGGUCGAGUGUUCUCCUGUGGUUGGGGUGGAGAUGGUCAAACAGGACUAGGGCAUUGCAAUAGUGUCAGUCAUCCUAGUCUCAUUAAGGGGGAUAUUGAGGGUGAACGUAUCUCCAAGAUCUCUUCUACCUUUGACACCGUCUUAGCCCUUAGUGAGAAGCAGGAAGUGUUUGGCUGGGGGAAUUCUGAGUAUUGUCAGCUGGAGCCAGGUGGAAUCAAAGAGAUGAGUUGCAAUGUCCCUGUUCAAUUGAAGUUCCAGCCAGAAAUUGGGAAGAUAGUUGACAUUGCAGCUGGUGGCUCCUUGGUUGCAGUUCUCAAUGGUAAG